GUUCCCCUUCGGCCGUGCCUGUGUCGCACCGUUACUUUUGUCCUCUCCCCAGGAAAGCCUCACAUGUCAUCCUCCCGUGUUCUGUCAGCGUGCCAUUGCACCGGCUUGACGACCAUCGUGAACAAGGCUUCUUGGUUCACAGCAAAAGCUGUUUUCCCAUACGUCUCGGCUGAAAUACAAUCUGGGAAGGAUUCUUGAUAAUACAACUCCCAUUUGCCAUCAGCUCAGCCCCAUCAUCAAUUACGUUGCCUAUAGUCACGUGACACUCGCCCUCCAAGCGGAGGCCGACCAACCUCAGAAAGACGCUCCCAACCACCUUUACAUCUUUCUGUUCCGCAGCCAUCCAUCUCUACCAUCAACAACCUUCUUGACUGCAUACGUCUCUGCGCUGUCCUUUAGUUUGUUCGUACCGACGCAAGCGCAUACUACCUAAGAUCCCGUUCAGGCCCUCAAACCCUCCCUGUCGCAGGUGUCAGCUCGCUUGCUUCGCAACGUCCGCCAACCCUCAGCAACACCACAUCUUCUUCUUGCAUACGAUAACAUACACUGUCGCAAGUCGACGAUAAUUCUGGCACCAUGAGCUCUCAACCUUACGAUCCAUACAUUCCAAACACGACUUCUCAGCCUAGCAAUGCGACAAGCGGAAACAACCGCACAGCUGCGCUGCAAGCUGAAAUUGACAGCACAGUCGGUAUCAUGCGCGACAAUAUCAACAAAGUCUCGGAGCGUGGCGAACGUCUAGAUUCAUUGCAGGACAAAACAGAUAACCUUGCCGUAUCAGCACAGGGCUUCCGACGUGGUGCCAACAGAGUACGAAAGCAGAUGUGGUGGAAGGAUAUGAAAAUGCGCAUGUGCAUCAUUGCGGGUAUCAUCAUCUUGGUCAUCAUCGUUGUUGUCGUUCCAAUCGCUACUACACGUUAAGGAUCUGUGCGGUUGAGGGAAACAACUGGUUGUGUGAUUAUGAAGCGUGUUUCCAUAUCCUUUACAAGUCAUACAAUGGAGUUGUGCCUCUCGCAAGCACAGCUUCUUGAUAUGUUGUGAAGAUCUCUCUCUCUCUGUAUCCAAUACCACAUACUGAUGAAUUGGAGCCAAUGAUCUGGAUUGCUACUUUCCAACGGCGUUCUUUGCGGCAGAUGUGACUUACGCCCCACUGCAGUGCAGCACAUCACGAUAAUGUAUCACUCAAUGAAGAAGUCUUAGCAAUAACGUGGUCUCGAACAUGUCCUUGCAAUAUCCUCAACUAUACACAGUGACUUUUUUCUUUAUGAUUCUCGUGAUAAACCAACAAUCGAAUGAUCUAAG